GUCGAAGACAUUGUUUGCAGAGAUUGACCGAAGAUAAGGUAGAACUGGGUUCAGAAAAGAGAAUCGACCAAUUGAGAGAUGGGAGUGAGAACGAAAGAAAAGAGAGGACGACGAUCCGGCCGACAGUCGAAGGGGAUGUCCAAGUCUCUCAAGCUGCGUCAAGCGCGAGAGAGAGAUAUGUUUCAAACGAAUGGAUGUGCUAGGGCUGGAAACGGUUAUGGUUCCAGGCCUCGAGCACGAAUGAAUAUGAGCGCGUCGCAGAAGCGUCAACGUAAUCGAAUCGGGGGGAAAAGAUAAAAAGCUGGCCUAGGCAGCUUAUACGGUAGAAUGUAUAUAGGGUCUUCGCAAGCGUGGCGGUUAAUCAAAUCGCAUGAAUCGAGGAUCGAUGUCACGAUGACAAAUCGGGGGGGCUAUUUCACCGUCCAGAGGGAAGCAAGCGAAGGGCUCGGGAGAGUGAAGUCGAACGUUAAAAGAGUGGAACGAUCGACUGUAGCGAGCGAAUGGGGGAUGAAAGUAAAGAAUGUAAGAAGUGAAGAAAUACAAAAGAGUGAAAAGGAAAGGGAAAUGAACGAUAGAAAGAUGGUCGAUGGGAAAGAAAAGAGGGAAGAGGAGAAGAAGAAGAGAAGGGGAGAGAGAGAGAGAGGGAGAGAGAGAGAGAGAGAGAGAGAGAGAGGAAGAGAGCCAAACGGGUGGAGGACGGAUGUUGGUUGGUUCGAAGAUGGUCAGGAGAUGGGGGAUACUCAAACUAGCCUAGUGUGGAUGGGUGAGCGCUAGCUGUUUUGGCAUCGGCGGUUCCUGACUCUCUCUGACUGACUAGUCUUUCGUGGGGCCUCGUUUCCUUUUCUUUUUUAAUUCUUUUUUCCUCUUUUCCCUCUUUUGUUCU